AUGACAGUGCUCAGCUCGAAGAAAAUCUUGCAAGAGAAAAAUGCAAACGACGCCGACUCCAUAACCUCUCUAACCCUUACUCACAAAAUCUCUGAUGUUUCAUGCUUGAGCGAAUUCAAGAAUUUUGAAAGGCUGGACCUGGGCUUCAAUAAUUUGACUUCACUUGAGGGUUUGAAGUCAUGUAUGAAUUUGAAGUGGCUAUCAGUUGUGCAAAACAAACUUAAGAGCUUGAAAGGUAUCGAAGGCCUCACUAAACUCACUGUAUUAAAUGCUGGAAAAAACAAGCUUAAAUCAAUGGAUGAGGUCAAAUCUCUUGCAAGCUUGCAUACAUUAAUUUUGAAUGACAAUGAGAUCAGUUCAGUUUGCAAGCUUGAUCUGAUGAAAGAGUUGAACACUCUAGUUCUUUCCAGGAAUCCUAUCAGUUCACUUGGUGACUCUUUGGUCAAACUGAAAUCAAUCACCAAACUCUCCCUUUCUAACUGCCAACUGCAAACGGUUGAUUCAUCCCUGAAAUCCUGCCUAGAGUUAAAAGAGCUUCGCCUAGCACAUAAUGAGAUCAUGAUUAUUCUAGUGGGUUUGGACUUAGUGAAACUUCAGAAUCUAGACAUGGGAAACAACUUGAUUACCAACAGGUCCAAUAUCAAGGUGCUCUCAUCAUUAGUUAAUUUGAGGAAUUUGGAUUUAAAAGAGAACCCCAUUGCCGAAAAGGAAAAUUUACUGAAGAAAGUGAAAAAACUAAUGCCAAAUUACAUGUUUAAUGCCAAACCAAUUGACAAAAUUGUUGGAAAAGAAAUGCAUGAAAAAGUUGAUGACUUCUCUAAUAACGUAGAUAAUAAGUUGACUCUUGGAAUGCUGGGGAUCUGGAAAGAAGAGGAAAGUGUUAAGCUUGGAGAUGUUCCUACAUCAAUGAUAAUGGCUCCUGCUGCUGCUGUUCUUCCACAAAGUCAGCUUGCUAAAGAUGAAGAUGGCUUAUUUGUGUUUGAUGCUGGAUAG